AUGGGCUACUCACUUUGUGUCUUAGGAUGCGGUACUAUGGGUGUUGCGGUUUUGUCAGGUGUCCUUGACAGCCUCAAUAGCAGUUCAAAAAUAUCAAAUGGCUUCCACAAGUGGGAGUCCCAUACGCCUGGAACUCUGACACCCAUUGGACCUCCGGACGCAACUGUCCCUAGUCGCUUCCUUGCCUGCGUCAGCCGAGAAGAAACAGCUCGUAAGCUGGAAAAGAUAUUUGGGUCUCUUGGUCAGCUGGGGUCGAGCGUUGAGGUUUUCGCCUCCAAGAAUGUUGAAGCCGUGCAGGACUCAGAUGUCGUGCUCCUUUGCUGCAAACCGCAAAUCGUCCAUGCUAUCCUCAACGAACCCGGCAUGAAAGAAGCUCUGGAGGGCAAGCUUCUCAUCAGCAUUUUGGCUGGUGUUACGAUGAGCCAAAUCACGAACUGGGUGUUGCCCUCUACCAGAGUCGUCCGUGCGAUGCCAAAUACCCCCUGCAAGAUCCGCGAGGGCAUGACCGUUGUCUCCAACCUUCCGCCCUCUGUUCAUGCAGAGACCGAUCGAGCUGUCAUUCUAAAGAUCUUUUCCUCCAUUGGACGGUGUCGCUUCCUGGAGGAGAAACACUUCGACGCUUGCACUGCGCUGUCAGGCUCUGGCCCCGCGUUCGCGUGCAUAUUUAUGGAGGCGAUGGCAGAUGGAGGUGUUAUGAUGGGUCUUCCGCGAGCAGAGGCUUUGGAGCUGGCAGCCCAAACGCUGCAAGGGGCAGCUCGUAUGGUACUUCAAGGAAACACUCAUCCAGCGCAGCUAAAGGAUUCGGUCACGACUCCAGGAGGGUGUACGAUAGCGGGUCUGCUGGCGUUGGAGGAUGGCCGAGUCCGCUCGACCAUUGCUCGGGGAAUUCAAAUUGCCACCGAGCGUGCUAGCGAACUCGGACAGCCAGUGAAGAAGUGA